UUGCCAUGACGCUCCAAAUGCCCUCCUUCAGCUGGUCUGGAUGAUUUGCAUUCUGUAAUAUGAUACCCGAAUAAGUGGCAUCAUGUCUUUACUCCAGAAUGAAGACUUCGUUCUAUACCAGCUCCGGACCGCGUACCUCUCCUCGAUUAAAGACGGCGUUGGAGAGCGCCUGAUCAAUGUCAACACCACCUUUCUGAACAACCCUGCGUUCCGCGCAGCUGGUUGGGUACCCAAUGCCGCAGACAUUAAACGAACAUAUUCUCCGCCUAUCCCAACUGCCAUCACAUCCGAAUACUUCCAGGCACCGCGAUCGGCUGGGUUGAAAGCCCCAGCAGGAUUUGGCGAAGAUGAGGAGGAAGGCGGGAUGGUCACGGGGGGAGGUGGAAGUAACGAUACCGUAGGACCCACCUUGAAUGCCAGGCGACGGCGGAGGAAGGAGCAGUUGGACGAAGAUGACAGCAGCGACCUGAGCGAUGAGAGUGAUGACGAUAUUGAUGCAACGCAAAGGCCCGCGAACCUGAUCAAGUUCAAUAAGUUGCCUGUGCGGACACGGGCUGGAUCAUCCCCGAUUCCUGGAUCAGCCCUUCGCCAUAGGCUCAUAGACAAUGGGGAGGGCCCAUCCCUUAUCGUCACUUCGCCUUCUAGGCCUCCAGACAGCCGCUUACGCAGAGGGUCGUUGGGCACCGUGGAGACCAUCAAAGAGCGCGCAAGAAGAGAUACCGUCACAAGUAGCGAGAUGUCUUCAGAGAACGAAGUAGAUCCCGUUAUAUUCCAUCGGAAGAAGGUCAACCCACACCGAGCUGCUAAGGCGAGCCAUCUUCUAUCUCAGCGAAUUCAAGAGGAUGAACGAGAGCGGUUAGAGGCUUUGGACGAGGGCAAUGAAUCUGACAGCACCAUGUCUUCCGAGUUCUCCGGGACAGCUGAUACGGCAUCUCUAUUAGGAGAGACUGGUCCCUUGGAUUCUUCUCUUGCGACUAACCUCCCAAAUAUGCCGGCACUUACUCCAUUCAACACUUCGCCAAAAAAGCAAAAUAAACAACCCAUGGCAUCUCUACAAGCUCUUCCCCCUCCCCGGCCGAUUAGCUUCAUUCCUCCCAUCAGUGCAUUGACGCAAGCACUGAAAGCUAAAGAGCAAAAGCCCUCGAAUCCACUCCAUCGAUUUGCCGCCUGGUCUGCUACCAGCGAGGCCCAAGUAAAUCCAAUCUACAUCAAGAUAUACACCCCAUUCUGCUCAAAAUCGUCGAAACCUGUCGAACUACUUUUAAAGAAAUUCGACGACAAGGGUGAGGCCGUCUCAGUCUCCGAAGCGAUCGGCUUCGCUCUGUGGAGAUACCAAGAAGAGAGGCUAGAGCCCCCCCUGACUCCCGAGAAGUUGAACGUCAAUUGUUGGGUUCUACGUAUGUACGACGAUGGUGAAGUUGACGAUGAGUUUCCGCCACUCACGAGGAAUAAGCCUAUCAUGGACUUUGCCUCAAACAAUAGUCGUGGCAUGCGCCCUAGAGCACGCGAGAAGCCCUGGGAUGAAUUUGCGCUGGUCGAGGCGACGGAGCGCGAAACUGCCGACAACGAAAGGAUCACGCCAAUUUACAGUCGUGAAGCUGCCGCUGCGCUGGCAACACAGAAAUCCGCGUCGGAAGACAUGCCGGAAAAGAAACAACCUCCAAAACCCAUGGCUACUCGAGCGAAAAGCUUCCGUAAUCCUAUCACCGGUCCAUCGUUUGCACCUACGGCCACGCGUAAAAACUCAAGUGUUCUAGCCGAUGCUCCUGCCGUGCCCGCAACACAUGCCGCCUCUCGUAUGGGUGCUCCGAAGACCGUGGCCGUGCACUUCACAGACGAGAAUUUCAACACCAAGCACGUCUCCGUUCCCUGCACUACAGAUACCUACAUUGCCGAGAUUUUCGACAAAGUCUGCCACGACCUCCGUCUCGAUAAAGGACUCUUCGUCCUGAAGGUCUCCGGCUCCACCACCGUCGCACCCUCCGACCGCACCGUAGAAGCCCUCGGCACACGCACCGAUCUUGAUCUCCAGCGCCGCCGCUUCGUUGGCGACGGCGUUUUCGGCAUCGCCGGCUCGCCUGGCAGCUCCUCCCCGAACGCCCCCCUCAUCAUCAGCACAGGCGGCGCCCCUAAGAAGACUAAAAAAGCUGACCGCACCGCUGCCGCUGUCAGCGGCCAAGGCCUCAUCCACCCGCUUGCAAAACACGACGGCGGGCUCGUCGGAAACACAGGUUCAUACUACCGGCGCUACGCCGUGUUACGCAAACAGCCCAUGUCCUUCGCCUCCUCCACUUCGCGGAUCCUUGCCCUCGAUAACGAGUAUAUGCAUAUCAUGCCGGGGGAGAGUCAGGCGAAUACGAAAGCGCUGUUUGAGGCGCAGCCGAAGACGACGACGGUGCACUUUUCCAGUAUUGUGGGGAGUAAGGUUAGUAAGAAACAUCCGAGGAUGUUUAGGGUUAUUGUGUUUAAGGAGAGGGAAACCAAGAGGUAUGAUUUUGAGGCGACGAGUCAUGAGGAGGCGGUUGAGAUUGUGAGGGAGAUUAAGAUGGGGGUCGAGAGAUUUCAGGAGGGUAUUGUGUAGGGAGGAGGUUGGGGGUGUGGGUGAAGAUGGUGUUCUAGGAGUCGUGCAGGGGGGGGAGGGCAUAUUGGUUGGAGUUAGAGGUUUUAUAUUUUGUGCUGGGGUUGGGUGUUGGAUAUGGGUUGGAGAGUGUGUUUCGGCGUCAGUAUUCCCAGCCUGGCUUUAUUGUGCUGAUAGCAUCGCGGCUCUUGGGAUUGAAUUCGGCAGGCGUGCAUAUCUUUAGGAAAGAACUCGAGAAUUAAUCUACCUCAGUAUCAAGCAUACAUGCGAGAGGCUCUAAGGCUCCCUAGCUAUAUAUAUUCCUUCUAGACGGGCAUCAUACAUGGCUAGUGCUAAGCCGUUGGCGCAGG